UCAUCUGUGUCCUCCAUGUGCUCAUGCCUGAUUCACCUCUUCGAACUCGGCUACCGUAUUCCACUGGAAUUGGGAAGAGGGGAACCAAAUUUAAGAUUUCGUAGAUUUUGCAUUUCCCUGCAUAGCGAUGAGAUCUCAUUCAUAAUUUCGGCAGCGCCAAGACAAUCUGAUAACGAUGUUGAGAGUGAAGACAAUAACGGGGAGGCCCAUAAUGAAGACCAUGGCGUGGAGGGGGACAAUAUUGAAGACACGGACGAGGAGGGGGACAACAACGAAGACAUCGAUGAUGUCAUUGUUGACAGUGACAGCGAGCGUGAAGAGGGUGAGGCGGACAACGCCGAUACAGACAGCGACGGCCAAAACGAGGAUAGCGAUAACAGUUCGCUGCUGGAAGCCGACCACUUUGCGUGGAUCCGCUUCAUCUGGCAGGUGUGGCCGUUUUCCUGCGGCAACAUAUUUGAGGAAAUCGUCUUCGAAUUCCACGGCGUUCACGAGGACGAUCUGAUCAUUCGUGCCUUCGAUGUCAUCCAGGAGCACGUUGAAGAAAAUGACGGUAAUGACAACAUCGAAAGCGACGACCACGUCGCGGAAGACAACGUGGGAGAGGCCGACGCCAAUCAGUGUCCGGAGGAAGUGGAGGAGAUCCCCUUGCCUUUGCCCUUGCCGCUGGUGAGUGACAAUCCUAAACCUGAGGAACGGGAAGAGAAAGAUGUGCAAUGGUGGCAUGAUUAUAACAGCUCUGAGAGUGUUGACGAGGAAGACCCGGACCCACAAGACGGCAAAGCGGAGAAAUCAGGACCACGGGUAGACUUGAGCGAUAAACGUGAUCACAGCACCAGUAAUGGAGAUUUGACUGAGGAACAGGAAGCACCGGAUGAUGGCGUCACUUGCUUUGGUAAUCCGGAGGAGGAGGAAGACCCUUUACCUGGACCGUCCAGAAAGAGGCCGAGGGACGAGGGCUCAAGACAUCAAUUUGAAACAGGACGCAGAAAGCGUUUCUGUCCCCAGAAUGAUAACAACUCUGACGGCAGCCCAGACUGAGACGACUCAAAAGAAACUCAUGAGUAGACCUUUCUCCCGACAUCAAAAAGUCCAAAAAAGAUGGAUUGUCUAUAUUUUUGCAUGCAAACACCACCCGGGAGAGAGUCUGUGCUUUUGAUAAUAAUAAUAAUAAUAGUAAUACAUUUUAUGUGUUUGUCACUUUACAUUUGAACAACAAAUCUCAAAGUGCUACAGAGUAAAAACAUCAUAAAAGCACCAACACAAGACAGUAAAAAAUAUAAAAAUUAGCUAUAUGCUUUUUAAAAAGGUAGGUUUUUAGCCCUUUUCUUACUGUCACUCACACACAUAAACAUGUACGCACGCAAGUCAGGAAUUUCCCCGUGGCGACUAAUACACACACUGCAGUACAUACGUUUGACCACUUGUCAAACACUUCACACACUAAAACAGGGGUGUCAAGUCAUUUUACAUUGGAGGCCACAUAUGAGAAAAAUCUACUGCGAAUUGGGCCAGACUGCUAAAAUCACGACACGAUAACUUAAAAAUAAAGACAACUUCACAUCGUUUUCUUUGUUUAAAAAUAUAACAAGCACAUUCUGAAAAUGUCUAAAUCAUAAUGUUGUUGGGGUUUUUUUUAUACUGCGGUUAAUAGUAUUCUACCUUUAUUUGUCGUUAUUUAUACUUUCUGAAUAAAUUAUGUGAUAAUGUUCAUCAGUCAACUCUUUGGUGUUAAUUUUCAAUUUAUGUAGAUACAAAAAAAUAUGCCAAAAUAAAAUUACAAGAUGUUGUUUAUGUAAUUUGUUCGUUUUCCUAGACUGGUGCACUAACAUACUUGGUUUAAUUUGUACAUAUAUAGCAUCAUGUACAAAGAUACAAAAAAAAUGCAAUUGCGACAUACAGUGAACACAUUUUGAUCAGCUGUGCUUUCAUUUAAAAAAUGUCAGGUUAAUUUUUAUACUUAUCAAACUCAUCCCGGAUAAGACCUGGUCGUGGGCCUUGACACCCCUGCACUAAAAGCAUGAAGGCUUACCUCCAGGGAACAAUUUAAAAAAAAAGACAUGCAUAGGAGCCUGUUUCCUAUUGCUUUCCAUGCUUUUUGGCAAUAUUUGGACCCAACAAAGAGGGCUCAAAGAUUAGACAAAUUAUGGUCAUGGUUUAAAUGUAUUUUCCAACAUGCAUACAGUUACAAUAAGGUACAUCACAUAUUUCCAGCUCCUCGUCACAUUUCCAAAAAGCAAUCAGUGGAGGUUAGUUUGUGUCUUUAUUA